CCGGAGGACGAUGAGAGGCUGAUUGUUUGCUCCGGCUCCCAUUCGCAUCCUCCUCGCCUAUAAAUACCGGGGAGAAGAAAAGCCGCUCCUGCCGCCUCCCCCAGGCCGAGUUUCCUUCCCGACGGCCCGACCUGCCCGAUGCCACCGCUCGAGUGCCGCCGCGCCUGAGACCCCGCUGCUCGCCUAACCCCUAGAGCGGCGCAGCCCGCUCGCCCCCCGACCUCCCUACACCCGCCCCCUCGGCCCCGUCCCGGCCAGGAAGGCGCCCUUAGCUCUCCGCACGCCCCUCGGUUUCGCCCGUUCCUCUCCCCCGCCAGCACCCAGAAAACAGAAGAUGCAUUUCGCGCCGCCGGGGCUCCUGCUCGCCCAGCUCCACGCGUGCAUCUACUGGAGCUGCCUGUGGCCCGCUGGCUGCCAGCAGCCGCCGCCGCGCCGCGACCCUCCGCCGCCCCCCGCCGCCUGGAGGCAGCGGAUCCAGUGGGAGAACAACGGGCAGGUGUACAGCCUGCUCAGCCUCGGCUCCCAGUACCAGCCCCCCCGGCGCAGGCAGGCGGCGGAGGCGGUGGGCAGCCCCAUCGUCUUGCUGCGGAACAACGGCACGCUGCCGCGGGGAGCGACCGCCCGAGCCACCGCCGGCGCCACGCAGCCUCAGCCCGCCGCCAGCAGCCGGCGGGGCUCCGGCGCACGGCACUGGUUCCAGGCCGGCUACCAGGCUCCCUCCGGGGGUCGCGCCGCCGCGGGGCAGCACAGCCAGGGGUCCGCCAGCCCCGCGGCCGCCGGGACGGCCAGGAGCCCCUCCUCGGGCGCGUCGCGACCUGGUGCUCCCACCAGCUCCGCUGGCGGCACCGGGACCGACGGGGACCGGAGUAGCACCGGGGCCGGCGGUCUGCCGCCCCUCAGCAGUUUCAGACCCGGGCGGGAAGAUGUCAUGGUAGGAGACGACCCCUACAACCCCUACAAGUACACGGACGAUAACCCCUAUUACAACUACUACGACACCUACGAGAGGCCCCGCCAGGGCAGCAGGUACAGACCCGGCUAUGGCACCGGCUACUUCCAGUACGGUCUCCCUGACUUAGUCCCGGAUCCCUAUUACAUCCAGGCGUCCACGUAUGUCCAGAGGAUGUCCAUGUAUAACUUGAGAUGUGCUGCUGAGGAGAACUGCCUGGCAAGUUCAGCUUAUCGAGCAGAUGUUAGAGACUAUGACAAUCGGGUGCUCCUGAGAUUCCCCCAAAGAGUGAAAAAUCAAGGCACGUCAGAUUUUCUGCCCAGCAGACCCCGUUAUUCAUGGGAGUGGCACAGCUGUCACCAGCAUUAUCACAGCAUGGAUGAAUUCAGUCACUAUGACUUGUUGGAUGCAAGCUCACACAGAAAAGUUGCUGAAGGACACAAAGCAAGUUUUUGUCUUGAAGAUACCUCCUGUGAUUAUGGUUAUUACAGACGGUACGCAUGUACAGCGCAUACACAGGGACUGAGCCCUGGCUGCUAUGACACUUAUAAUGCUGAUAUAGAUUGCCAGUGGAUUGAUAUUACAGAUGUAAAACCUGGAAAUUACAUUCUGAAGGUGAGUGUAAACCCCAGCUAUUUGGUGCCUGAAUCUGAUUACUCCAACAAUAUAGUGCGCUGUGAUAUACGCUAUACAGGGCACCAUGCAUAUGCCUCUGGCUGUACAAUUUCACCAUACUGAGAAAGAUGCAAGAAAAUGGAUGAGAUGGUGCCAAAUGUUUUUGAACUGAAGGAUCAUUAUAUAAACUUCAAUAGGAUGUAAACACUAUAGAAAAAAACCUACAGAGCAUACACACAUACACCCUCACACCUUAUAUGAUUUUGAAGCACUUCAGCUGCUUCUCAACCAAAACUGUAACUGGAUUUUAAGCAGUUAAAUUGGCGUUAUUUUUAUUACUAUUGAAAUGUGUGGAACUGGUGAUUCAUGCACAGAUACUUCACAUUUUGAAAUUCUAACUAAUUCAUAAAACCAUAAGCAUUUCUUAACUUCUGAAGAUUUGCAGUUCAGGUGAUAAUAGACUUCAGUAGGAAUAUUACUGGUGAAUGAGUUGAACAUAUAUUAAAAGGUAGCAAAGAUUUAUGUAAUAUGAAUUAAAUAAAUGAAAUAGAAAGUACUAGUGUUAGCUAUCUCAGAAAAUACUAGAAUGGGAAACAGCUUAAGAGUCAUGCUACAGUACCAUUAAAAUCAAACUUGCUAGUUCACAUUGAUAUGAAUGAGAAAAGUAUGUUCAGUUUUCAAGGAAUAUAAACAUAUAGCAGAGAAAUACAUAUAUAUAUAUAUAUACAUAUAUCAGUUAUACCCCUGCAAGAAAAGUUAUGUUUACAUUUUUAAUACAUUAGAAGUUUUUCCAUUUUCUUAAGUAAAAAACAGAUGGGGUUUUGAAAUAAACCUUUAAUCUGUGGAAAUGAAUUAAAGAACUUAUCCACCUUU